AUGAGCUUUUAGCCACCUCCAUAAUCUCAGAAUUCUUCCAGAUCACAACACUCUCUGUUCUCAACUUCUUCAUUCAAUUUUGAUCCAAUUCAGCCAUGUUGGGGAAGACUUCCCGACCGGCCAUCGGAAAGCUCGCCGGAUCAUUGAUUUCCGGCAAUUGUACUGCGAUUUUGGAUGUUGCCACCAGUCCUAGAAGUCCUCUGGACAUGAAGAUUCAGUCCCCUCGAGGGCAAAAGAAUUAUGACCUUUUUGGUGGGGUUGGACUCGGAAUUGUAGCUGCACUAGAUAAAUCCAGCAACUGUGGGGGUGAAAUUCUGGCGAAGUACGCCGUUUCCGGGACGAAUUUGGGACGGUCAGGUCCAGUUCCGGUGACCUCCGGUAAAAAUUGUGGUAGGUUGAAGGUGGGUUUUGGAGAAUUGGAGAUGGACAGUUUGGAGGAUUACACGUAUGUGACUUGCCAUAAGCCUAACAAGAAAUCCUUCACUAGGGUUUACUUUGAUGGACAUGAGACAACUGCCUUUCAUAAACAUGAAUCUCCGGCCAGGCUUUCCGAUGGCAUGCCGGCGUUUCCCACCUCGGAUUUUCUCAGUUCAUGUCACUUGUGCAGGAAAAACCUCCAUGGAAAGGACAUAUACAUGUACAGAGGAGAAAAAGCAUUCUGCAGCAACGAGUGCCGGUCAAGGCAGAUAGUGAUGGACGAGAGGAAAGAGCAAUGCAGAUCUGAGGCUUCAAGAUCAGCAGAUGUUUCUAGCUCUCCCUACACAAGAGGCCAGAUUUUCUCAACUGGGAUUCUGGCAAUUUAGGCUGGGACCUAGACGGUGAUGACACACAUCGGCAAUAAUAGUAUCUAAACAUACGAGAAUUAAUCAUCCAUGUGUUCAAAACAAAAGAUUUUGCAAGUUCAAGCUGUAACUAUUUCUUCUAUCUGUAGAUGUAAAUAAAUGGUUAGUGAAUGAGAGAGAAGCCCUUAUCAAUAAAAUGAAAUCAAGAUUCUUGGACA